AUGUUAAGAUUAUUUUCAAACAGUAGAUCUACUUCAAAACAAAUAAUAAUAAAUACAAGUAAUAAUUAUAUAAAAAGAUAUUUUAGUGUAAAUAAUAAUAAUAAUAAUAUGUCAACUGAAUUCGAUGGUAUUGUUGUUGGUUGCUACGAGGGUGGUGAAGAGUGGUCUGCUAUCGGUGCAGAACUCAAUCAAAAGACUGAUAACCUGUUGAGUAAGACCUUCAAGUUGUCCGAUAACAAAGGAAAGCUCGGUGAUUCACUGAUCCUCUACAAUGUCACUCCACAACACCCACGUGUUGCCAUUGUCGGUCUCGGUAAGAAGAACGAUCCAAAGUCCGGUGUCUACGAGCAAUUCGAUCAUGUCCGUCGUGUCGCCGGUACCGGUGUCAAGUCACUCAAGUCGCGUGGCGCUACAAAGAUCGGUGUCGACACCUCGAUCGGUGACUUGCGUGCCUGUUCCGAGGGUGCCAACCUCUGUCUUUUCAAAUUCGACUUGAAGUCGACCAACACCGCACCAGACAAGGACAAAGCACCAGUCGAAGUGUCGACUGUCGAUCCAUCAAAGUCGACCACCUCCGAAUGGACCGAAGGAAAGAUUCUCUCGGAAUCACAAAACUUUGCUCGUUAUCUCGCCGAUAUGCCAGCCAACUUGAUGCAUCCAACUUUCUUUGUCGAGAAAGUCAAGGAGAAAUACCAAGACUUGAUCGCCGCCGGCAAGGUAGAGAUGAUCGUUAGAGACCGUGCAUGGGCAGAGGAAAAGAAGAUGGGAAUGUUCUUGGCUGUUGCCGCCGGAAGCGACCAACCACUCAAGUUCUUGGAGUUGCACUACCGUGGUGCCGCCGAUCCAAAAGGUGCUCCAUUGAUCUUUGUCGGUAAGGGUGUCACUUUCGACUCUGGUGGUAUCUCGUUGAAGCCAUCUGCCUCCAUGGGUAUGAUGCGUGGAGACAUGGGUGGUGCUGCCGCCGCCGUCUCUGCACUCUACGGUAUUGCCAGCUUGGGAUUGAAGGUGAACGUCACCGUGCUCACUCCACUCACUGAGAACAUGCCAUCCGGUAAAGCAACUCGUCCCGGUGACAUUGUUGUCGCUUCCAACGGUAAGACCGUCGAGAUUGACAACACCGAUGCCGAAGGUCGUUUGAUUCUCGGUGACGCCCUCCACUAUGCCCACACCUUCAACCCAGCAACCAUCAUCGACAUCGCCACCUUGACCGGUGCCAUGGACGUUGCUCUCGGUUACCACUACGCCGGUUGUUUCGCUGGCACCGACGACCUCUGGAGAGAGAUCGACGACGCCGGACAAGUUUCCGGUGACCGUAUGUGGCGUAUGCCUUUGUUGCCAGAGUACCGUAAGCAAUUGGACUCCAAGGUUGCCGAUAUCGUCAACAGUGCAUCCAGAUCGGGUGGUGCUUGCAGUGCCGCAAUGUUCCUAAAGGAGUUUGUCCAAAUUGACCGUUGGGCACAUCUUGACAUUGCCGGUGUCAUGCAUGCCGGUGAGGAAGGUGCAUACAUUAGCAAAGGUAUGACUGGAAAGCCAGUAAGAGCACUCAUUGAAUUGGCCAAGAAACAGAUUGGAAAAUAA